AUGGAGCAACUUUACCCUCUUUACAAGGCCCUCCAGUAUGUGCCCAUCUCCAACGUGCUGAGUGUGGCUGUUGACGAAGUCUCUGCGGUUGGUCAGGAAAAUGAAAAGGCCCACGCCAAGGACACCAAUCCUGACAUCCAGGGGUCUGCAUCUCCAGGCCCUGUGGACACCAGCGUUUCAGGGCCAAUGAGAACUGAAGCUGCGUUUGUCCUGCCCCAACACACAACAGAAACAGAAGAACUGAAACCUCAGCUGAGGCUCCUGCUCUCUCAUUUCAAUAUCCCAUAUGACGUAGAGGAGCUGAGGGAUGCUGCUAAGGAGAUAGAACUGUUUUCCUUGGUUUCCCAAAAAUUUCAAAGCAUCUUCAAAGAGCAACAGAGAAUGCAAACGUUUCCUGACUAUGAUAUUGGGAAAGCUAAAGUGGAGAACUUGGGUUUGGCAGGACCUGGGAUGGCCUUGAAAAAGAGAGCCAACUGGAUUUCCUUUAUAAAGAUUAAGCCAAAAUGUGAUCCUUGGCAAAAGAAGCUUUUGACCAAACUAAAAGAACAGAGAAGAAUAGAUGUAUUAAUGCAACUCCAAGCAAAGUUUUUGAAGAUUUCCAGCCCCGAGCGAGUAAUGCAAGUGCUGCAAGAUCACGCUGCAAAGACAGUCCGGCCGGCUCCCUCUCAUCCCACUCCCGUGGCUUCCCAGGGUUUCCAUCAGUGCAACUAUGACCGAAUCUGGGAGAAGAUUUAUAGUAACACCAACCUCUACCAGAAUGAAAACAUGAAGAAAGAUGACCUUUCCAUGGAACAAAAUGAAAAUCGCCCAGCGCAAAUAAGUCUCCAUCAAUGGGCCGGGGAGCCUGUCAAGCAGGAAACAGAGACCGGGUACAACUACGCAAGGGCCCUGCUCCUGCUGGGCCUGGAUGAUGGGACUGGGCCUAGUGAUGAGGAUCCUGUCCUAAGGAGAGGGGCCUACCUGUCCUUUCUGUACCUGCGCCACCUGCGAAUCAGGGAGCUGCAGCGCAUCUGCUUAGGAAUUCUGAACUACUUCAGAUCUGUGGAGCGGACGCUGACGAUCAACACUUCAGGCCUUACCUUGGUCGCAGGGAGCCUGGUCCCCACCAUAGAAGAGAAUUCCUGGGUAAAUACGGCAAAAGGAGGCUUGGGCACCUUGCAAGGCCUGGGAGCUCACCACUAUGUCCACAGGACACCUGCCGAGCACAAGGUCCAUGGCACCCAAUUCAUGGAGUUCUCAGAAGUGGAGAACCAGGAUGACUACUAUAGCACCGAAGCUGGCUACAUCCACACCCAGGACCAGCAAGGGGUGCAUGUCAUGUAUGACGAGGCCUUGAGUGACCUGAAGGAACUAGAGGCAGAACUGCUGCUGGUGGCCAGCCAUUACAUUGAGAAAGAAAAAGGUCACAAAGAGGGCAGCAAGUCAAAUGCUGGCCAGGUCUGGGGAUGGGCCCAUGCAGGAGUGGACAGAUUUGCUGUGCUGUGUGACCUGUGGACUUGGGAGGCAGCCCUUCUAGAAAACAAGCGCCAGCUUCUCGACUGUUACUUUGAAGCCUACCAGCACACGCUGGACCCCGAGGAGAGGUUCGCCUUAGCACAAGUGAUCACUGACAUCAUGUACAGGGGCCCCAGGUUUGAUCUCAGCCACCCUUACUUCAUUAAGGCCUACCGAGAUGAAUGCACCUGCCUGAGGCUUCACCAGCAGCUACUGAGGGGCAUCCUCAACCAGCACAUAGAGCGGCAGCGGGAGUAUGUCCAGAGGCUUUGGCAAGAAGGCCGUCCCGAUGAGAGCAAUAACUUUGGACUUCCCCUUAACAUAAUUUGCAAACAACUUAUUUCCAUCAACAAUAGCUGCCCCGCAUUGAAAAACAUUUAUCUGCUGGAGUUCCACCCUUCCCUGGGCCUGGCAUCGCUCAUCCCCAGAGCCCUCGAGCACCUCUUCCAGGAGGCCCGCCACAUCUGCAGGCCUGCAUCACCCAGCGGCCUCGCCCUGCUGGAGAGGCGGCUGCUACAGCUGGCCCUGGAUGUGUGGCUCACCCCAGCCACGCCCGAGUCCUGGUACAGCGCACAGCUCCAGAAAGAUCUGCUUUCAGCGAAGGUGAUGGGCGAUCCCUUUCUUGUGGAGGAGAUAGGCCUGCUUGCCCUUAAGUCUGCAGCAGCUGAAGGACAGAACCAAGGCCGAGGUGCUCGUGUGCUGCUCCUGGAGACGUUUUCCAAACUUCUGGAACUUGUGACCCUCCGCCACCGGCUGGUAGAAAUGAGCCUGGAGAGCGCACACUUAGCUCGUCUCUAUAAGAAAAUGGCAUGGGAGAUGGGCUUUGAAGAGUACCAUUUGCAUCUGAGGCCUGUUCACUUUGAAUUUGCAACACACAAGGACAAGGUGGAUCAUCCACCUCCUGUCUUUAUCACCUCUCUGCUGGAGAACAGUGAUCGCAUAGACAGAUAUUCUCCUACUACUCUUGUCUUGGCCAUCUCUGAGGUGGAUGAUAACCAAGUUGGCAAAUUUAGUUUUUAUACAAAGGAAGCCAUCCUUAAGCUCUUGUUCCAUUCGGGAGUUGAAAACAUGCAAGUGAUUCUUGCAUGUCAAGCUGCUCAGAAAAAUGCUUUGAUGGUGGCUGUCCAGCAUGCGUUCUUCUAUCACACUCCCCGAGGGGGCUGUCCUGCUGAGGUCCAGGUCAGCCUGUAAGAUAGGGGAGCCUGA